AUGGCGCUGCGCGGGUUCCUGCGGGCCGGCCGGGCGCUGCUCCGCGCCGCAGGGCCGCCCGCCCGCGAGGUCUGCGCCGCCGCCCGGCCGCCGGCCUUCGGGUUCCUGUUCGACGUGGACGGGGUGCUGGUGCGGGGCAGCCAGCCCGUGCCCGCCGCCCGGCGCGCCUUCCAGAGGCUGGCGGACGGCAGCGGGAGGCUCCGGGUGCCCGUCGUCUUCCUGACGAACGCCGGGAACUGCCUGCGCUCGGAGAAGGCCCGAGAGCUGUCCCGGGCGCUGGGGAUGCAGGUGUCUCCGGAGCAGGUGAUCCUGUCCCACAGCCCCCUGCAGCUCUUCAGCCGGUUCCACCAGAAGUGCAUGCUGGUGGCCGGGCAGGGGCCCGUGGAGGAGAUUGCCCACAACCUGGGGUUCAAGCACGUGGUCACCAUAGAGGCCCUGAGGAAGGCAUAUCCCCUGUUGGACAUGGUGGAUAAGAGCCGGAGGCCAAAAGAACUGCCUCCUCCAACCACUGGCUUCCCCACUAUAGAAGGGGUGAUUCUGUUUGGUGAGCCAGUGAGGUGGGAGACAAGCCUGCAACUUAUUACUGAUGUACUCUUGAGCAACGGGAACCCUGGGGCAGAGCCACAGGACGCACCAUACCCCCAUCUGCCUGUCCUUGCCUGCAACAUGGAUCUCCUGUGGAUGGCUGAAGCCAAGAUGCCCAGGUUUGGCCAUGGCACUUUCCUCCUCUGCUUGGAGAACAUCUACAAGAAGGUGACAGGCAGGGAACUGAAGUACGAGGCACUGAUUGGCAAACCCAGCACAGUCACCUACCGCUACGCCGAGUACUUGAUCAAACAGCAGGCAGAGAAACAGGGCUGGAAGGCUCCCAUCCGACGCCUCUAUGCAGUUGGGGAUAACCCUAUGUCUGACGUCUAUGGGGCAAACCUCUACAACAACUACCUCAAGUCAGCUCAGCAGAACCAGGUCCAGGCUGGGGUGAAGAGGAACCCCCAGGCAGCCGGUCCCCAAACGGAGGAUUACCUUGAGCUGAGGAAGGACUGCAACAGUUCAGUGGAGAGCUGCGAUUCGAUCCUGGUCUGCACUGGGGUGUACCGCCACGACAACGGUGUUCCCAGUAAAACAGAGCAGUGCACGACCAAGGAGGUGUUCCAUGGACAUCGGGACUUCUGCUUUGAUCCCAGCCUGGUGGAGGCGUCUUACAUAGUGCAGGAUGUGAAUGAUGCUGUGCAACUUGCUUUCAAGAAAGAGAACUGGAGCUAGGGGCUGAGACAGGUGUGCCUAAAGACCUGCUGUAAGGGAUUUCAUGUACUGGAAAGGGAAGGGGGGAAGAAUGGGGAGAGACCUGGAGUGAUCUAAUCUAGACAACAUGAAAGAAAACUAAAGCACUUAAAAGCCCCUUACUUUUAUUGAUAACUCAUCUGCAAUCCUGACAGCUGCCCACAGGCUUUCGACCGUGAUGGUACAUUGCUGCCAUCGAUAAUUGAGCCGUAAUGGAAACAGGGUAUAGGGAGAAGGCUUGUCCCAGCAACCCCAGUUUUGUUCAGCUAUCAGAGUUCUUUCUUUUUCACCCUUUGUGUGCGGAGAUCAGGCAAGCCCACCCUCCUCCUCUCGAUGUGUUUGAGGAUGAAGCUCUUCCCACACAAGGAGCCACUGUCAGCCGGUGUACCAUUCCUACAAUGUGCUGUUUGCCCAGCCUGUGACACGAGCACACCAGAAGCUGUGCUGUGGUGGCACCGUGCCAAGAGAAGGCUUUAAGUCUUAACACUCUCCUUGUAAAGAAUAAGUGCCUAUGGACUUUAACAAAUUCUGUUUGCUCGGGGAUUUGCCACUGCAUCACUGUCAGUCUGAAACAAAGUCCUGUUUUGCAGUCCUCUGGCAGCUACGGAGAGGCAAGGCCCCUCAAAGGAAGCUGCAGUAGCCAGAGCAACUUGCUGCAGGGCUGAGGUGAAAGUUGUAUUGUUCCCUUCUGCCUAUUUAGCAUUCUGUGAACACUCCUACCUUUUCACAUCCCACUAGGGAGCCGGCAGCCUGCUCUCAGGAGCAGAGGGAACUACCACAGAGUCUGAAUUUCCAAAGUUGUCUUUGCCCAGGACGCAGUGUUGCAGCAAGAGGCUCUUUUGGCACCCACGCUGAUCCCAACUGUUGCAAUGAACAUCCACCUGCUCCAGCUGGCACAGCUUCUAUGAGGAGCCCUUAUUUGGAACAAAGGUUAAACAGAAAGAGUCACAGUCCACCUUUGCUGCUUCCUUACAUGCAAGGAUUUAAAGAGAAGAUCAAGCCAGGCUGGUACCAGAGUCCCAAAUCCCCAGCCUUCAUCUUUAAGAAUACAAAUGUCUCUCUGUAUUUCCCUUCUUUUCUUCCUCUCAUGUGAUUCGCAGCUCAGGGAUACCCCAUACACUCUGACCUCUGUUCCCUCCUCUUUAACAUGCAGGUAGAGUCCCCCUAACAUGAAUUAGCAGCUGGGACUUGCGUGCCCAGGAACAUGUCCAUGUCUCUAACAACAUCCAUCUUCUAUUGUCUCUGUUCUCCUAGCUCAGGCUGUCCAGAGAAAGAUGAAGACUUGCGUCUCUGUAGACAUUACAAAGAAGAUGAGCAAGGAUUGCAUGAGAAACUCAUGUGAAAGAUUGGCCCAGUCCUUAAUUCUAGAGGAGCAUUGUGAUUUUAGAAGCACGUAUCAGUCUGUGCAUAUGGUGAAAAGCCUUGGAGCCAACACAACUGAGUUGGUGUUCCUAGUUCUACUCAUCUCACCCAACACUGAAAGAUCAGAAAUAGAUGUGCUCUGCCUCUUCUUCCCUCCCUCCUGCUUUACCAGGCAGCUCCAUACACAGGGUACAAACAAAAUGUUCUGCACAGAAGUUUGAGUUCUUAAUUCAAGUCUCAGCAUCCAUGUGCACUGAAGUUCUGCUUCAGCAGCUCUCUGUCCUCUCAAUAGUUAUGUAUAUUCCAAGAAGGUCACUGCAGUGCAGGCUCUGUUCUUUUGUUGUGCCAGACUCUGCAUCCCGAAGGGGACUGGAUGCUCUGUCAGUGACCCAGGAGAAGAAGUCCUUCUCUGUGGCUUCUUUCUCUAUCCCUUACUUUAUGAAUAGGAGCAGAAAAAUCUCUCUUUGCAUGAAUUUUCCUCAUGUGAAAUCCAUAGUGGGAAGUUUCUUCCUCUCUUAGCACUGCUUGGGGUUGUCCUCCUUUGUCUCACCAGGACAAGAAUCACUUGACUACUUCUAAAAGCAGCUGUAAUGUGAAAAACACAGAUUAGAAUCCUUUCCCUUUCACUGGAGAGAAAAAUUACCAUUUCAUCCAGUUGCACAAGACAAGGGCUUGUCUCCAGUAUCCAGAGUAAGCACAGGGAAGGGCUUCACAUACAGCAUAGGGAAGGUCCUUUUCUUUCAUUGCAUCUCCACAGCCACAGUUGUGCUGUAGGCCUGGAGUGCAAGGCCUGGAACUGGAGGUCCAAAACACAUUUAUUCAUAAACUAGCUGCAGUGUCCCUCAGCCUUGCUUUUCAGAGGUGCCAUCCAGUGCAGAAACAGGAAUGCUCCCUUUGCUUGCAGUAUUAGCUGACUUGGGUGGUCACUUUCAUAGGAUUAGUUGGGAAUGGUCCUCUAGGCCAUGAUUUCAUAGACCUCAUUGGGCUGGUUGCUGGCAGUAAAUGUGAGCCACACCUGGGGCGUGGCAGGAACUUACCUGCAGAAAUACUGAGGUCUGUCCACCUGUGUGCGCAGCAGCCUUUGGCAGAGCUCUGUCUCGUUACUUGUAAAAACUGUGGUGCUGGUUACUCAAAGACCAGGUGCUGCUGAACCAGCCUUCCCUCAGGGGUGAGAAAUCCCAAGCAGUAAUUUCCUAUCAGCAUGCAUGGCACACCCCAGCCAGAAGUGAGGUAGGUAGCAAGAGGAGGGAGGUAGCACCUCUUUCAAGAUAGGAAGGGGUUUGCAUUUGCACAGAGAGUGAGCCAGGCAUCUCCAUCUUUGGAACAGCAGUGGAGGUGAGCUGACUGAUGUGAAUCUGCUUCAGAUUCCAAAUCUGCUUUUAGCUCUGGAUUUGUUUUUUUUUCACCAUGUUAGUGUUGAAACAGUCUUCUGGGAGCCUUAAAAACGCGUAGGAGGAACUUCAGUGAUAAGGAAUUUAAGAAAUGCUUUGCUUGCGAGUUGAAAUUGGACAGAAGGGAGGAGAGGGAAUCUAGAAGAAUCUCGUACCCUUUCCCCAGUUUUUACCAAGUAAGGUUUCAUAAAAGACUUUGCUUGUUGCUCUGUGCACUAAUUAGCCAAACCCUUGGUCUGAGCAACACGAAGACCUUUCCCCCCUUCCUUUUCUCAGCUCCUUGAAACAGUGCACUUUGUCCAAGUCCCUGCCUAGGAAUUGCAUGGACCCAGUGGAUGGAGUAAGAAAUCUGGCUUCUCCAGCUGCUGUUAGACACCGACUUGAUUCUGGAAGGUCUCUAUUAAUGAAAGUGUUGGCCAGGUCUCUUCUGUUCCACGAGUUUUGUGCUAGAGUGCUGCGCAGGCAUUCAGCUUACCUGCAGUUCAUUUAUGGACAUCUGUUACUGCUAGAAUUCAGUGAAAUCCUUUCUUCCUUGGAACUGCAGCUUCCUGGAAUCAGCUUUGAGUGUGGCAGGAACAAAACUCUUCCUUUGUCUCAUGUGUUGCUCAUAAGUGGUAUUUCUGAGGCCGUAUUUCUCUAUUUGGAGCGAUCAAUCUGCACUUCUGUGCAGAUUAUGGGACCAGGCUGGAGAGGGGACUUCACUUCUGAUCCAAUACCUUAAUAUUUAUGUGGUGCACUGCCCUAUGCAACAGACAGGGUGAAGGCCUGAUCAUAACUCCAUCUUCCAAAGAUGAACAGCUAUAAGUCAAGCCUAAAGGGAGUAUACAUCUGAGAACAGCAGGAGGGAACCAAGGGACAGACCUUGUUUUGGAUCUGAAAUAGAGAGCUUAUAUGUCAUGCAAUAACACUGUGGCCAGAGAAGUCAAUUCCUUUAUUCCACAGGAGACGUGCAACUACUAACAUGGCAUUCAGGGAGUCAUGUAACACUACUGUCCCCUUUCUUCCACUCUUAAUCCUGCCAUGUCUUUGUCCCUUUAAUAAAUGGCUAAUGUUUCAGAUUGUGUCCUGUGCACUGUAGCAGAGUGAUUACAUAUCAUUCAGAGAAAUCAGAAGCUGUGAUUAUUUUAGAUUUCCUGUUAAUUUCAAUGCAGUUCCAGAGUUGCUACUUUGAUCUAGCACAUAUAUAAAAUAAUAAAAGAUGUUUUCUUUGAAAUA